CCGCCGCCGCGAGGGUCCGGCUCCUCCCUUUUGUCGCCUCCCGGGGCGUCGUCUUCCUGGCCGCGGGGCCCGGGUCACGUGCGGGGACCCCACCGUUCGGGCGCCGGGCCGGGCGGUGCUGGCGCUCGGGGAGCGACCGGAGCCCGGGAGGGUGUUGAGUUCGUCGAGUCCGCUCUCAGCCGUGGUUAGAAGGGACUCGCCCCGCCCCAGCUAAACCGAGUCGGACAUUUGUCGGUGCCAUGCCACCCCACGUGGUGAUGUCCUUCCGGCGCCUGGUCUGGGCCCUGGCCUCCCACCGGCCGGCUCCCUUGAGACACGAAGGAAUCCACCUCCUGCAUGCAGCCCCAGCAGCCUGCUCUGACAGAAGCGCCCCGGUGUUCACCCGUGCCCUGGCCUUCGGGGACAGAGUUGCCCUUGUUGACCAGCACGGCCACCACACGUACAAGGACCUUUACCACCGCAGCCUCUGCCUGUCCCGGGAGAUCUGCAGGCUCCGUGAGUGUGCCGGCGGGGACCUCCAGGAGGAGAGGAUCUCCUUCAUGUGCUCCAACGACGUCUCCUAUGUGGUGGCUCAGUGGGCCUCAUGGAUGAGCGGCGGCAUCGCCGUCCCUCUCUACAGGAAGCACCCCCAGGCCGAGCUGGAGUAUUUCAUCCAGGACUCCCGCAGCUCGGUGGUCCUUGCCGGCCAAGAGUACGUGGAGCUCCUGAGCCCGGUGGUCAGGAAGCUGGGGGUCCCGCUCCUGCCUCUCACGCCUACGGUCUAUGAUGGCGUGGCUGAGGAAGCCGGGGAUGGGCAGUUACCAGAGCGGGACUGGAGAGACCGGGGUGCCAUGAUCAUCUACACCAGUGGGACCACUGGGAGGCCCAAGGGCGUCCUGAGCACCCACUACAACAUCAGGGCCGUGGUGACCGGGCUGGUCCACAAGUGGGGGUGGACUAAAGACGAUGUGAUCCUCCACGUCCUCCCACUGCACCAUGUCCACGGCGUGGUCAACAAGCUGCUCUGUCCACUCUGGGUGGGAGCCACCUGUGUGAUGCUGCCCAACUUCAAUGCUCAGCUGGUUUGGGAAAAGUUCUUAAGUUCUGAAACUCCACGGAUUAAUGUGUUUAUGGCAGUGCCUACAAUAUACACCAAGCUGAUGGAUUAUUAUGACAAACAUUUCACCCAGCCUCAUGUCCAGGAUUUUGUGCGUGCAGUUUGUGAAGAAAAAAUUAGGUUGAUGGUUUCGGGAUCGGCCGCCCUGCCCCUGCCUGUGCUGGAGAAGUGGAAGAACAUCACAGGCCACACUCUGCUGGAGAGGUACGGGAUGACGGAGAUCGGCAUGGCCCUGUCCAACCCCCUGACCGCAGCCCGCCUGCCAGGUUCUGUGGGGACUCCGCUGCCAGGCGUCGAGGUACGCAUUGUCUCAGAAAACCCACAGAAGGAGGGCUACCCCUAUAUCCUGCACGCGGAAGGAAACGAGAAGGAGACUAAGGUGACCCCAGGGUUCAAGGAGAAGGAAGGUGAGCUCUUGGUCAGGGGCCCCUCCGUGUUCCGGGAAUACUGGGACAAACCAGAAGAAACGAAAAAUGCAUUCACCUCGGAUGGCUGGUUCAAAACAGGUGACACGGCCGUGUUCAAGGACGGCAGGUACUGGAUCCGGGGCCGCACAUCGGUGGACAUCAUCAAGAGUGGGGGCUACAAGAUCAGCGCCCUGGAGGUGGAGCGACUCCUGCUGGCCCACCCUAGCAUCACAGAUGUGGCUGUGAUUGGAGUUCCGGACAUGACGUGGGGCCAGCGGGUCACUGCAGUAGUGACCCUUCAAGAGGGACACUCGCUGUCCCACAGGGAGCUCAAAGAGUGGGCAAGAGACGUCAUGGCCCCGUACGUGGUGCCCUCGGAGCUUCUGCUGGUGGAAGAGAUCCCGCGGAACCAGAUGGGGAAGGUCAACAAGAGGGACCUCGUCAGGCACUUCUACCCAUGCAACCAGGGCGCCCCCAAGGCCGGGCGCCAGUGAGCCAACGUCCCCUUCAGACCCGAAGCCCCUAGCUCAGGCAGAACAGAGUCAAGUCUGACUGAAUGAGGCCACAGCGCGAGGCCUCUGCAGCCACUGGCUGAUUUCAAGUCAUCAGGUGACUGCAUGUCACCUCUGCCCCGUAUUUGGGCCACACCCGCGCCUGCACGUGGCCCCACAUGCUCAGGGCCCCCUGCCCCCAGGUGCCCUCAGGCUGCCAGGCAGGUCCUGGAAAGUCCAGAGGUGUCACCAGGGAAACAGGUCUCCAAAAGGAAUGCAAUAAAGGCCGCACAGAGUAAUGGGA